GUUGGGGUGUGAUUGCGGAAGAGAGAGGAAGGAUGGGUCAUCGGAAUCAUCAGGAACAAAGCCAUCAUCAAGCGGCGGAUAAUUUGGUGAAUUUGUUCAGCAAAGCAAACCAUGAUCUGCUCGUGGUUCAUUACAGGCUCGAGAAGGAGUUUCAACAAAUUUAUCCUGAUAAUGCGAAUCCUAUGAAGUUGGUGUCAAGAAUAAAGAAGAUACAGGAAGAAUUAUCGAGCUUGACAGAGCAGUGCCGUGAGCUUUUAUCGGCCAAACAGGAUUUGAUUGAUAAGGCUAGGACAACACUUGUUGGGAACAGAUAUUUACUCCAGCAUAUGCAAGCACCAAUGGGCAUUCCCAUCACCAGUGAUUCUGAUGAUCCAGCAUUUGCCAACUUCAACCAGAUCAUUGAGGAGUGGACAGUUCAAGUUCGAUCAAGAAUAGGAGACGAGACACAAGAGUCAAAGUCCGAGGAUGUUAACAAAUUACUGUUCUCAGCUAUUGUUCAAAGCAACUGAACAACUUUCACCAGGGACUCCAGGGAUGAUGAGUAAAGAAAUCCACAAUAAGUUGAACAUUCUGGUUUUACCGAGAACUUUGUGCUUAUUAGGUGUUGUUUACUGACUUGAUUCACCUGUGAACUAACAUUAAGUCUUGUAUAUUCAUGUUUUUGUAAUGUGAAUGUGUCAUAUUCUUUCA